AAAAAUGAAAUAAUUUUUUUAAAAUUUUUUUAUUAUAUUGUACUUAUGAUAUGUUAACAAUCCUAAUCUUUAUUAUACCAUCUCUCCUCUGUAAUACAGCAUCCACACAGUCACUAGUAUCUUCCAUUUUCCACUCUCUCAAGCUAGGGAGAAAAUCAUAAUAGCAUGAUUUAUAAUCUUUAAUUGCUUUAUUCUUUGCAGAUCCAAGUAAAGGAUUAGCUAAAAUUUGAUCAAAGAUUAAAAGGAUGGCUUUAGGGAGAUAUACUAGGGUUGAUGGGAGGAAAUCGUCGAACUAUUGUUCGACAGUGACUGUGGUGGUUUUUGUAGCUCUUUGCUUAGUUGGGGUAUGGAUGAUGUCAUCGCCGUCUGAUACAGCCUCAGAAAACUUAGAUUUGCCCGAGGAGAAACAAAAAACGGAUAUUAAACCGGAGGAAGUUAAACAAGAGGAGGUUAAACCGGAGGAAGUUAAACAAGAGGAGGUGAAGCAAGAUGAAGUCAAAGAUAACAAUGAGAGCCCCGCCCAACAAUUUGAGGAUAAUCCGGGUGAUUUACCUGAGGAUGCAACUAAAGGAGACACUAAUGUCAAGAGUGAAAACAUGAAUGAGACUCCGUCCGAGGAAAAGAAGGAGGAGGUAAAGAAAGAGGAUAAUAAGGGUGAGACAAAUGAAGAAGUGAAAGAAGAAAACUUAGAGUCUAAGAAAGAAGAUGGAUCUGAGGAAACAAAGACGGAAGGUGAUGGGAAUGAUUCGGGUGAAAAGAAAGAAUCAGAAGAAUAUUCUAGCGAGAAUGAGAAGAAGUCCGAGCAGAGUUCUAGUGAAGCCCAAAAUGAAAAGAAAGAGGGUGAUAUAGAAUCCGAUGAUGGUAACAAGAAGCAGGAAGGAGAUGUAAAGGAAUUGGGUUCCCAAGAGGUUUUUCCUUCGGGUGCUCAAUCCGAGCUUCUAAAUGAGUCAGCCACCCAGAAUGGUUCUUUCUCGACUCAGGCUGCUGAGUCAAAGAAUGAAAAGGAAGCUCAAAAGUCUUCAACCCAACAGGAAGAGUAUGCUUGGAAAAUCUGUAAUACUACUGCUGGACCAGAUUAUAUUCCUUGCCUUGAUAACUGGGAUGCUAUCCAUCAUCUAAGGAGUACUAAGCAUUAUGAGCAUCGAGAGAGACAUUGUCCUGCCGAGCCUCCGACUUGUCUCGUUCCCCUUCCUGAAGGAUACAAGCGACCCGUUGAGUGGCCGAAAAGCAGGGAAAAGAUCUGGUACGCUAAUGUUCCACACACGAAGUUAGUACAAAUUAAGGGGCAUCAGAAUUGGGUGAAAGUUAGCGGCGAAUACCUCACAUUCCCUGGUGGUGGAACCCAGUUUAAGAAUGGCGCUCUCCACUAUAUUGACUUCAUAGAACAAGUCUUACCUGAUAUUGCAUGGGGAAAACAAUCUCGUGUUGUCCUGGAUGUUGGAUGUGGAGUUGCCAGCUUUGGAGGCUUUCUCUUUGAUAAAGAUGUGUUGACCAUGUCACUCGCUCCGAAAGAUGAACAUGAAGCUCAAGUGCAGUUUGCUCUUGAACGAGGAAUUCCAGCUAUAUCUGCUGUGAUGGGAACACAAAGGCUACCUUUUCCGGGGAUUGUUUUUGACGUUGUUCAUUGUGCUAGGUGUAGGGUUCCAUGGCAUAUAGAAGGUGGAAAGCUCCUGUUGGAAUUAAACCGUGUGUUGCGUCCCGGUGGUUACUUUGUAUGGUCUGCCACUCCGGUUUAUCAGACGCUUGAGGAAGAUGUUGGAAUCUGGAAUGCUAUGUCUAAACUGACCGAGCAAAUGUGCUGGAAACUUGUCAAGAAGGAAAGAGAUGAGGUGAAUAAGAUUGGUGUAGCAAUAUACCAGAAACCAUUGUCUAACGAGUGUUAUGAACAGAGGUCACAAAAUGAACCCCCAUUAUGUGAGCAGUCUGAUGAUCGUAAUGCUGCCUGGAAUAUCCCCUUGCAAGCAUGCAUGCACAAAGUACCAGAAGGUGAAACAGAGCGCGGGUCUCAUUGGCCAGAGCUAUGGUCCGCAAGAUUGGAAAAGACGCCAUACUGGCUAACUAGUACCCAGGUCGGUGUUUAUGGGAAGCCGGCACCUGAAGAUUUCUCUGCAGAUUACGAGCAUUGGAAACGCGUGGUUAGCCUAUCAUACCUCAAUGGCAUGGGUAUCAGCUGGUCCGAUGUCCGAAAUGUGAUGGAUAUGAGAGCUGUUUAUGGAGGAUUCGCUGCAGCUCUUAGAGAUCUGAAAAUCUGGGUCAUGAACGUGGUGACAGUAGAUUCACCCGAUACACUCCCUAUUAUCUAUGAGCGUGGUCUCUUCGGAAUAUAUCACGAUUGGUGUGAGUCAUUUAACACGUACCCUAGAUCAUACGAUCUCCUUCAUGCCGAUCACCUCUUCUCCAAAAUCAAACAAAAGUGCAACAUGCCAGCCUUGGUCGCCGAGGUUGAUAGGAUCUUAAGACCCAAAGGAAAGAUCAUUGUGCGUGACAAGGUUGAAAUUAUUAACGAGUUAGAAAGGAUGUUCAAAUCAAUGCACUGGGAAAUUCGGAUGACUUAUUCCAAGGACAAGGAAGGAUUGUUGUGUGCCCAGAAGACAAUGUGGCGACCCGAUGAGGUAGAGACCCUAAAAUAUGCUAUCAUGUAAACUCGCAUAUGUUUGUUGGUCUGGUUAUUAUGAAGCGUAGCGGCUCCGAUUGUGUUUCAGUUAGGUAUUCUUUCAGUUCUUUAAUAGCUUAUUGCAUCUUAUUAUUGUGAGUUAUAUUUUUUUGUCCCCCUCUCCACCUUAAGGAAAAAAGAUCAAUCCCGUCUGGAAUUAUAUUGACUUUGUGUAGGGUGGAAACUGAAACUUCGUAUUAUGUUAUAUAGUUUCUUGAUGAGGAAAUACCGGUUUUAAGCAUGUAGCCACGAAACUAUGAGAAAUGUUCAUAAUUUUGGUUCUA